GACACAUACACAAUCAAAUCGUACAUUCAAAAUGGCUUACUGCCGCAAAUAACAAAAACGAAUGAAAAUUAUGAAAUUAUUCCAAGUAAAAGCGCGUGUAGAUGAGAAUUUUAUUUCAAUCAGUGAUUAAGUCUAUCGGAUAGUUGGCUGCUGCAGCAAUAAUCAGAUAAACAAAGUGUAGAAGAUAUCCAAAACAAAAAGAAUCGUCAUGUCGGACAGUGAAAGUGAUUCCGAAGGUGAAAAGAUACGACGAACGAAACGAAAAGUUGUUGUCAAAUUCGAAUUUGAUGAUUCUCAGUCCAGUCAAUCGGACAGCGAUGCAUCAAUGCAACCGGCUAGGCCAACACGACGUCGUCGUAAGUUACCGAGCAGUGAGGAAGAAAUGGAACCAGAACCAUCCGAAUCGAAUGAUGUCCCACCGAGCCGCAGUGGAACCACCACCACACAAAAUAGUCGAACAUUUUAUGAUGUUGGCGACGAGAGUUCCGAUUCGUCUUGGUGUCCAGAGGCAGCUGGACCGAGUAGUCGUCCGAAUGCUAGGAAUAUGCCGCCGAAAGUUUCGACACAAUGCGAAAUGGAACCGGACAAAGAUGAGCAGUCAGACACCAGCAGUGAUGACGCAAGUAAUGACAAAUGUCCGAUUUGCUUGCAUAGCUUUCGCGAACAAGAAAUUGGAAUGCCAAAUAUUUGCGAACAUUCAUUUUGUGCGCCGUGCAUUGAGGAAUGGUCGAAAAAUGUACAGACCUGUCCCAUCGAUCGGAAAGAAUUCUCUUACAUAAUCGUUCGAGACCGAUACGAAAACGGGAAAAUUGUUCGGGAAAUAAAGGUGGUGGCACAGUCGACCACCCUGACAGUGGAUGACGAUGAUAACGAUAUGACAUUGUGUGAAAUAUGCGGUCGUGGCGAUCGCGAAGACAGAAUGCUACUGUGCGACGAUUGUAAUCUUGGAUAUCACAUGGAUUGUUUGAAUCCGCCGCUGACGGAUGUGCCAACCGGUUCGUGGUAUUGUGACAAUUGUUUUGCAUCGGAACAAUCGUCGGGCGAAGAUGAUAUCCAUCAAUUGAUUGAGGAGCUUGAAACAGAAAUUGGAAUACCUGAGACACGGCUUCGAGUUCGUAGGGUUGACGACCAGCCGCGCAUUACUCGCACCAGACAGAGUGAACGAAUUCGUGCAUCAAUUAUCAGUCGAAUCGCUCCGUCGAGGCGACAUGCUCCCGUUAAUCAAGAAGAAUCACCUCUGGGUAUGACAUUGCCAGGGCCGUCGAGAAUCAGAACAACAACAACCACAACGACGACAACUACAACGAGUACAUCCAGACGCUUAACUGGAAGGCGCAAGAAACGAAGAAAACGUAAACGUCGAACGUAUGUGGUCGAAUACGACGUGAACAAUUUCGACGAGAAAUUCUCAAUCAAAACAACAAAGAAAGUGGUGAAAAGGCGAAGGAGAAGAGUCACAACAAAGCCGAAAAUUCGUACGCUGAAAAGGAAACGUGCGGCUGGUAACCGAUGUGCUCGCUCAACCAAUCGUGCUGCCUCUAAUCUUGAGGCGACAGCAUCGUCAACCAAAUCUGGCGUAGAAAGGCCAAUCGAUGCUGUGUUCCCAAAACUGCAUCUGUUCGGAAAUGACAAUGCUUUGGAAUACUUCUCCGGCGACGAUGAAUCGGAUAAUGAAUUUGAAGAACAUUCUGGUCAUGGCCUAAGCGGUGCCGGUGGUACUUCGCUGCUGGCAACAGCUUUAACACGAACACGAAUCGUUGGAAAUUCGUCAUUAAGGCGAAGAAAACGAAUUGUGUCGGCGUUGGAUGCGAAUCCAGCUAGUGCCGAUUCGAUAAACAUUCUGUCCACCAUUAUGGAUACAAUGGAUCGGUUGAAUCCAGUGGUUAGGCCGAACGAAUCGAUUAAGAAAGACGAAGAUUUGAAAAAGAAAAUCGAAAAGCACGACAAAAAGCAGCCAGACGCUGACGAUGCAACCAAUUCCGAUGUGUUACAUGCACCAAUGUAUCCCGGUGGUGGAUCGUCGGGCGGAUACAAUAACAAUCGGUUCCAGAAUAAUGAUCAAUCGUUUCGUAAUACGUCUCGAAACAGUGGCGGUACAAGCAAUAACACAUCAAAUACGUCGAGCAGUAACAGUAGCAGCAGUAGUAGUGGUGGAACUUCGAUGAGCUUUAGCAUAUUCGGUCCCAGACCAACGUUUCCAGCUUCUGGCCCAGUAGGAAACAAUUGCGGAAACACGGGACCUGCAACAAAUAAUUUUCCCUCCCGAUUUCCAGCUACACCACCAAACCGAACGCCACGUCCGCAAUUUAGACCGAGAACUGCAUUCAAUCAGACACCUCCUCCGCAACGAUUCAGUCCAAGAAAUUUCAACAAUCGUUUUCUACGACCGAAUGAUUCACCAAAUAUUGAAGUGGCACAGCAAGGACUCUACGACGACGUUGAAAUGCCUUCAAAUUCACAAGACAUACGCGUUCCGAAUUCACAGCCACCGCAAACACCAUCACUAUUGGAUAUGCGAAUCCCGAAUCCGAACUCAAACAUCAUGGACAUUCCGGAUAUGAGAACGCCUCCGCAACAUACACCUCAACGCGAUUUUCAAUUAAAUCAUCGAAUGAAUGCACCGCCACCACAUUUACCAUCGCCAAUGAACAUGCAACAGCACCACAUGAGUCCCAUAACUAGACCUCCAAUGCAACAACAACAACAACAAACAUUUGUCAAUACAAUGCACGAGCUUCCCCCUCCGCAAUCACAGAGAAUGCAACAUUUACCACCUCCGCCACGACCAUCAAUGGGAUCAGCAAUGUGUAUGCAAACGCCACCUCCACCAAUUCCUCCCAUAAUGCUACACACACCGACGCACAUGAUGCCACCGCCGAUAAUACCACAAAUGCCAUUUAACAAUUCGCCAAUGUUUGGUCCUGAUGUUCAAAAUCCGAUACAAGUCUUAGGUUGCAUGCCACCGCCGAAAAAUUUCAAUGCCAACCAAUCGUUUAACAAUUUUAACCAAAACAACGAAAAUCAACACGAAACUAGCGUCGACACCGACGAAAACGUUUGCCAAUCGAAUCUGAUACCGAUCGCUGCCGAGGAUAUUCCAUUGCCAGUCGGCAACGAAUGUCAUGCGACAUCGCAGAACUCUACACUACGGGGCUUGGCUGAGUACAGUGGCAGUGAAGACGAAGAUGAUUGUCCGAAUCUAUUGGUUUAUUCGGCUGAAUCACUAAAUAUGGCUAAGCAACCGGAUUCCAUGGACGAACCACUAGUUUUUGGCCCAAUUAAUCGACCGUCUAAUGAACAUGAAAUGGAGCGGGAUGAGGACUUGGUACAAAUGGAUGAUGAUGAUGAUGAGGUGGAAGAGGAAGAUGAAGACGAGCAGGCUGAUGCUAAUGCCGAAAAGGUUAGUUCACAGAAUGACGACAAAGAUGAGUCGAAAGUGACAGCAUCGUCGGGUAAAAAGAAUGUUUUGGAAUUGUAUGAUGACAGUGACUGGGAAGAGUACAAUGUGAAAAAUGAUGAAGACAAAUCCAAGGCUGAUUCGAAUGACAAAACGGAUGAAAACCCGGACAACAGUAAUGUGGAACAGGCUGACGAGCGAAGUUACACUCCUUGUUUGGAUGAACAAUUUCAAUUAUCUGGCGAAGGCGACAAAAUCAAAGAAACAAACGAAGACUUAGAUGAUGAUGAUGAUGAUGAUGAUGAAGCUGACAAAAGUUCAAUGGUGGGCGAUGACGAUAAAGAUAGAAAUGAUGGCAACGAUUCGCAAAGAAGAAAUAGUGUGAGCGGAAUUGCAGGUAUGGAAACUGAACUGAUAUCUGAUGAUGACGAUGAGGAUAUUUUGAGUAAAGGGCAAAAUGGAGCCGAUGAAGGAGCAAAGGGCGGCUCGAGUCGAAAUGCUAAGAAAACGGCCGAUAAAAAGAAAGACACAAAGUCCAAUGAAGAUGGAAAGGAAAAGAAUCGUCGAAAGAAGGAUGACAGUUUCAAGAAAAUCAGUCGAAGCAACAAAGAUCGAAACUAUCGAGACAAAAAGUUUGAUGCGAAACGACGAACUAGAAGAAACCGUUCCCGUAGCAGGUCUAGAUCCAGAUCGAGAUCUCGAUCGAAUAAUAAGGAAAACAGACGAUUCUACAAACGGGACAAAUUCAGGCGUCGUGACAACAAACGGAAGGACAUCGAACGUUAUGAUGUGCGUCAUGUUAUUGCUGAACGCCAACCGCGCACCUUCAAAGACAAGUACGGCAGAGAUACAUCGCGGCCACCCAGAUCCAGAUCUCCGAGUCUUACACGUAGCCGAAAGCGAACGAAAUCACCCAGCCGCACUCGUCGAAGUCGCAGUAUUUUAAGUAUAUCACCGCGUCGACGUUCUCCGUCUCGUAGAAGAUCACUUUCCCGUGUGAGAUCAAUUUCUCGUGGACGAAGACGUUCACUAUCUCGACCAGUUCGACGAAUUUCACAUACUCCUCCGCCAGCGUUACGCCGGCGAACUCGUACACCUAUCAGAUCACGUUCGAGAUCCCGACAGUUGAAUGGUAGACAAAUGAGAUCUAAUUCGAUGUCACCACGACAAUUCAAUCGGCCUGUGAGUCGUCCACCAAGUGCAUCGCCGGUGAGGAGUAAAGUUCGUACAAAGAAUCGUCGAAAAGAUGGUGAGAAGAAAGCGGUCAAACGAAAGGCGAAGAAACGCUUGAAAUGUCCAGAGCCCACGAAGAAAGCGGCAACGAUGGUUGCAAUGACCUCAGUUAGAUCGAGAUCUAAAUCCUGGGAUAAUGCUAUUCGACUGUCACCGUGGUCACGUAGUCCAACGCCAUUGAGAAUUGAUGAACCGACUAAUGACCAUUCAUGGACACCUCCGAUUGUAGCGGCAGAGGCCGAGAAUCUUACCGUCAUUUUGAAGAACAAAGACGCUAAACGAAAGAAAGAGAAGAAAAAACGCACGGAGAAGAGGCGAGAAGUACUACAGAAGCGAGAACGAAGAAAGCUGAGAAAUGAAAAACCGGCCCCAUCCAAGGAGGUCUUUGCCUCUGGUGAUAACAUUCUUGUAAGCGUUAGCUUUAACAAGGAAGCGAACAAGGCUCCCCAAACGACUAUUGUCACUCUUCCGCCCACAAAGGAGCAAAUUUUGCCCAAAAAACCAACCGAACGGGAUACAGUCACCAAACGAUCCAGGCGCGGUCCUAGAAAACACAAAAAAAUCACAGCGAAGCCAGUAGCUAUUAUUGAUUUGGACCGUUCUCCGUUCAAAGAAAUAACUCCGUCACCAAAAGCAGUUAUUGUCUUGAGUGACAGCGAUCAUGAGGAUAACAAUAACACCGACAAACAAGACCGACCGACAGUACCGGUAUCAGACAAUGAAGUAUCAAGCAGCAAUAUGGGCAACAGAGGCAUGGACACACAGAGUGAACAGAUAUCUCAACCACAGUCGCCGACAAUGGACGACCUUAGUUUUGAAAACACAACUCUAGGGCCGAAGACGCCACCGGAACCCUCGUCAAUUGUUAAAUUUUCACUUCCAAUCAAAAUGAAAAAUAAAUUGCGCGUGGUAAACAAUCCGCUGCACGAGAUCCAUGACGAUGAGACGUCAAACGAUAAGCAAAAUGAGGAAUCAACAUUGAACGCCAGUGAUUCGUCCCAACAACAGAACAAAGUUGGUCCAAAUACUCCACCCGAAUCAGCCUGUUCACCGGAUGCUUACGAUCCGUUCGAACCAACGAAAUCGCCAUCUCAAUCACCAGAAAAUCGGAGCGAUAACUGUGAUAGUUCACCGAAUGACAUGGAUGAUUCUCACACGAACAAGUCGGACAUUUCAACAAAUCAGGAUGAUAAACUGCAGCAGCAGCAACAGCUAUUUAAUUUUCAGCAACAGCAACAACAGCAAGAGAAAUCUGUCAAGCCUGUCGACCUAACGAUCGCAUUGAUCAAUUCAAAGGCAUCCAUGGACGCUGCACAUUCAUUGCUAUCAAGCACUUUAGAAGGCGGUGUCAAUGAAAGUGAAAUUAUCGACGAUGACGUACAAAUUCUGUCGCCCAAUGACGAAAGCGACGAUAUUCCGAAACCACAAACAAUCAAUGUGAUAAGCAACGUACUUUUAUCACAUCCAAAAGACUCAAUCCGACAACGGUCUGGCGGCUUAGCCUUGCCAACGUUCACUAGUUCAGCAAUUAGUCCAGCUAAAACCACUGCAUCGACGUCCACACCAAAACAAUCUCCGAUGAAACCGAAAUUCAGCAGCGCCAGUCUGAUUACCAAACUACCACUUCCGAAACCAUCGAAACCAAUCGUUGCUGCUAACAGACAUAACGGAGGAAACGAUGAAAAUAUGGAUUGCGAUCCGUCGCCGUAUUCGCCCGACUCAAGCGAUUACGAUGAUUUGUUUGAACCGCCAAACGCUUCACCUCCACCGUCACAUCAAAAGAAAAACAAAGCCGGUAAGAAUAGCGGUGGAAAGACUGAAGUAUUCGAAGACUUGUUUGGCAGUACGUCACCUGUUCCACAAAAAUUAUCGAGCGGACGCAGCAAGAAACAACGGUCGAAGAAGUCAAGUAUUAAAGAAUGGUUAUCCGAUAGUAAGAAAACCGCCGGUUCGGCUUUUGCCAAAAUGACUGACGAUCAAAUUCGCAUUUUGGACGAUCUACCCAGUUCUGCAGUGGACUUACAAGUUAAGGAUAAAUUUUUGCGCAAAAUUCACCGCCAAGAGCGUGUGGUUGAAGAGGUUAAAUUGGUACUGAAGCCGCACUACAACAAGAAACACAUUACAAAGGAUGAUUACAAAGAUAUUCUAAGACGUGCCGUGCCAAAGAUUUGCCACAAUCGAACCGGAGAAAUAAAUCCGAAAAAGAUUCACGCUCUCAUCGAGGCUUAUGUGAAAAAGUUCAGACAUCGCAGAAAAUCCACAUCCACCAACGUAAAGUAGACACAGGCAGACCGGUUGAGUGUUUUAAUAUUUUUUUAAAUUGAAAUGAGACAGCCGAAAAUUGAAACAGUUUACAUUGUACAUCCUACUAUACACAGCUGUGCGUAUUUCUUUUUUAGAAAGAAUGCGACGGUUCUGUAAAUGUAAAUAAAAUAUCCUUUGCGUAAGUGUAGAAUUUACUGAAAACAAAAUGGAAAAACAAAAAAAAUUGUUAGAACUAAAGAGCUAAUUUGUGCAAAAUAAUCAACCCAACACAAUCUCCCUUUUUAAAUUAUUAUUCAAACAUUCAUACACUAUAAAUACAAUUUAAGCUUAACGGAUUACAACUAACCGGAGAUGAGAAUGUGAAGUUGAUUUUUUUAAGUAAAUUAAACAAAAAAAAAAACAAAAAAAAUUUCUGUUCUCGUUGUGAAGUUUGAAGAGCAUUAGAAUUUACAGAUUGUAACACAAAGCAGUUUGUCAUUCAAACUUUUUUUUUCGUGUAAUCUUCACCACAAUAUUUAUGUAGCAAAAUAGGAAACGAGGGAUUCUUAAAUAAAAUUAUUUAAAAAAAA